GCAAAAUGGAAGAAGCCUCAUGAACGCACCUCAUUCACACACACACAGCAUGAAGAGUUGGAGGCUCUGUUUAGCUGCAAUAUGUUUCCAGAUAAAAACCUCCAGAGAGAACUUGCUUUAAAACUCAACCUACCAGCGUCACCAAUAAAGAUUUGGUUCAGGAAUCAGCAGUUCAAAAAGAGGAAGCAGCAGUGGCAACAAGAGCAGCAAUCACUGAAGCCACCGAACCAGGUCCUUCCAGCCAAGAAUGUGCCCACAGCAUCAACCAGUCCUCAUUCUUUUCUCCCUGCAGUUUCAGAUUCUUAUAGCUCCCACUCACCUCAGCCCUUAGACCCUUUCCAUUGGGCAAGGGACUCUAUAAUCACUGAGAUUGCUACAAGUGAUGUCCAAAUGCAAGAUCCUCAGUUGGAGAGGCUAGUGGCCUCAGUUCCUGCUUUGUACUCUGAUGCCUAUGACAUAGCACAAAUCAUGGAACUGUACAGUUUUCCUGAUGAGGAUGAGAUAGCCAGCUCUUCUUUCCAUUCUCUGUAUCAUUAUCUCUCACCGACAAAGCCCAGUUAGAAGAGUUCCUUUCUUAGCCUCUUUGCUGAUCCAGCUGUAGGUUUAUCUCCUGGGCAAACCUGCUUCAGUAUGACAAGCUGGAGCUUUGCAGCCUACAGUCUAAGAAACAGCCUGGAAUUCCAGAACCCCUUCAGUAUGGCACACUUUGGAGGUUGCUGA